UCGAGUUUUAACUAAUUCCUCAUCGCCAUCGGCGAGGUUACCCGAUAUGGACGGAGCCGAUAGUCCAGCCGCACUAUCAGUGGUCUCGCCUUCAUUGUACAAAUUCCCGAAUAGUACUAAAUGCAUCGGCAAACGAUCCAGUUUCCCGCCGUCUGCAACUUUUUUCGAAGGGCGUUCGAGAACAAAUUGAAAGCGCCGCAAUACAGAACCAGCCAUUUUCGAUAGACUGUCUGCUGCAGCGAUCGCGCUGUGCUGAGUCUUCAAGAUGGUGAAGUCAUUUUCAAAGUCGAAGCGCACCCCCGUGCGACUGAGACACAAAAUCGAAAAGGCGAGUGCAGCGAAACAGCGGAAACUGAAGAAAGAAGCCAAAAAGAAUCCCCAAUGGAAGUCCCGCUUAAAGAAGGACCCUGGCAUCCCCAACCUGUUCCCUUUCAAAGAGAAGAUUCUUGAAGAGAUUGAGGAGAAGAAGAGACAGAAAGCAGAACAGGCGCAGAGAUUACGAGAUGCAGCCAAAGAUAAAAAGAAAACCGGCAAGGACCAGCCGACGAACGAGGCGCCUGAGCAUGACGAGGACGACCUGAUGGACGAAGACGACGAUGACCUUCUUGAAGAUGAAGAAAUGGACGAAGAUGACACCGCCGAUGCCACGAAUCCGUUAGCUGCGUUAGUGGCUUCUGCCCAAGCCCGCGCGGCCGAGUUCGACAAAGGCGCUCUCGAGGGCGACCUGGCUUCAGACAGUGACGAAGAUGAUGAAGCCGGGGUUCAGCUCUCCGAAACCGUGGCGGUCGAUCAUAGGAAUCCAGACCAGUCACGGAAAGCUUUUGAUAAAAUCUUCAAGCAAGUCUUGGACGCUGCGGAUGUGGUUUUGUACGUGCUCGAUGCUCGGGACCCGGAGGGCACGCGGUCUCGCGAAGUCGAACGACAGGUCAUGUCCGCCGAGGGGGGCUCGAAACGACUUAUCCUCGUGCUGAACAAGAUUGAUCUGGUCCCGCCGCCCGUUCUGAAGGGGUGGCUUACGCAUCUACGACGAUAUUUCCCCACCAUUCCCUUACGUGCUUCGACACCUGCUUCUAACGCGCAGACAUUCGACCACAAACAGCUCACGCUCAAGGCUACGUCGGAGACGCUCCUCCGCGCUCUCAAAUCAUAUGCGGCUUCGAAGCAGCUCAAGCGGUCCAUUUCAGUCGGCGUCAUAGGCUACCCUAACGUCGGAAAAUCGUCCGUCAUCAAUGCGCUCACCUCUCGUCUGAACAAGGGAACGCAGAGCUUCGCAUGUCCUGUUGGCUCCGAGGCCGGAGUGACCACGAGUCUGAGAGAAGUCAAGGUCGACAGUAAAUUGAAAAUCCUGGACUCGCCUGGAAUUGUCUUCCCGUCGACAGUUGACGGGGAGAACAAGCAGGACCGGGAGCGGCGGAGAGCGGAACAUGAGGCGCGUUUGAUCUUGCUUAAUGCUCUUCCACCUAAGCAGAUUUCAGAUCCAAUCCCUGCUGUGAACCUCCUGAUGUCACGCUUAUCGACGUCCCCAGCGCUUUAUGAGAAGCUGCUAGGCCACUAUGGAGUCGUCGCCCUGGGCCCCUUUGCCCAUGGUGAUACCACGAAUGAUUUCCUUGUGCAAGUGGCUCGGAAGCGAGGCAGGCUCGGUCGAGGCGGUGUGCCCAACCUCAACGCAGCAGCCAUGACGGUGAUCACGGAUUGGAGAGAUGGGAGAAUCCAGGGCUGGGUCGAUCCGCCUGUUCUCAAGGUGACGGACGACACUGAGAUGGCCGUGGCCGAGGGCGGUGAUAAAGCCGCGGCUGUCGGGGCAGAUCACAAGGUCAUUGUCAAGGAAUGGGCAGCUGAGUUCAAACUGGAGGGACUGUGGGGCGACGGAGAAGACUCAAAGACAGACUCGGCCGCCAACGAUGCUAUGCAAGUGGAAUCAUGACGACGUCGCAGGACAUGAGUAUACUUUAGAUGCAUGCACGGCGUUCGGGAGGGAAAAUGAUAACCAAAAGGUACUGAAUCUUCGAGAGGCAUUUGAAUACAGUGAUUUCUAAAAGUGUAAAACUCUGUUCUUUGCCAGUAACUGUCCAAGAUCAUCGGGGUUGGGUAAACCGAUUGCC